CUAUAUGGUGCAUCAGGUGCAUCAAUCGGUAGGAUUGGAGUGAUUUGUCACGAGAUUGGGCAUGCUCUAGGUAAGAAAGUCUUCAUUUAUGAUAUUCUUAGUAUCUACAAAAAUUCAUUCCUUCGUGGCAAUCCAAUCUCUUACUCAUUAAAUCAUUAAACAAUUUUCGACAUUUUUUUUCAGGUCUUCCUGAUUUGUAUGGUACAGCAGAAGGCAAUGGUGUCGGUUCGUACGAUUUUAUGUCGAAUCAUUGGGGUUUCCCACCAUACUUUCAUCUAAGUCAACUUUAUCCUCCAAUUUUGUCUCCUUGGUCUAAGAUGAAAGCCGGAUGGCUCGAUCCUUUUGUGAUAGAUAAAUCUGGAAAUUUUAUUAUUGAAGCCUCUCACUCGUGUGACCAAAUCUUUCGAUUAAAUUUGAGCGAUGAGGGGACUGAAUAUUUGCUCAUCGAAAAUCGGCAACCCAUUGGUUUCGACUUUUUUCUUCCGCAAGGUGGGCUCGCUAUCUGGCACAUCGAUGAGAUUGCUUCAAAUGUUGAAGGUUUUCCUGAACAAGAAGGAAUUCCAUGGCCAGUGAAUGGGAAACAUUACAAGGUAUCGCUUCUUCAAGCAGAUGGGGCAUACGAUCUCGAAAAUAGACGCAACAACGGUGAUGAAUUUGAUCUCUUCCAUAAAGAAGGAGUUGAUUUCUUGGCUCCAUCAGUAAAUUUUAUGGAAGGUCCCUAUCCAAGCACGGACUCUUAUCAGAAGAUACCAGCCCGAACAGGAAUAUUGAUUCAUCAAAUCAGUCAUUCCGCUCCUUCCAUGUCAUUUUCUGUAAAUUUAAUGAAUGAACUGUCAUCUGCAUUUCUUGGUGGAAAUGGGGCGUCAGGCACUAUGUUUGAUAUACUCCCCGUGAAAGACAUCAACAUACGAAAAAUUUACUUGAAUCUUGCCGUGGAUGAAACCGUCAACGUCGAGCUUUGGACCAGGACCGGCACUCACAUCUCGUUUGAAAACAAACCGUGGCUGUGGCAAAGAAGUGUUGUUGUAUCUGUUGAUGGUAAUGGGAGAGGGAAAAAGAGCUGUAUGGACAUCGAAAAUUUACCUCUAAAUGCCAACACUCGCUAUGGUUUUUAUCUCGUUUUGACCAAAGGUAGAUUUAGAUACACGAAUGGGAUUGCAGCUGGGAGCGUAUCUGUGUCAAACGAGGAUCUGACCGUAUACGAAGGUGUGGGAUUAACACGGCCAUUUGGUAAAGUAUACCAAAAUCGAAUCUGGAAUGGGGGUAUUUUUUACGACGUCCUUUCAGAAGACGGCGAACGGAGUGGUGGACGUCGCCUAGAGACUACUUUCGAUGGAGGGUCCGGUCAAGACGGUGUAAUGUUUGACGUUUUGCCUAAACACGAUCUUGAUAUGGAUGGAUUCGAUCUUCACCUCAUUGAUAGCGACACGGUGUGUGUUCACGUAUAUACCAAAGAAGGGCCUUUUACCGGUUCAGAGAACAAACGCGAUGAUUGGAUAUUGCUAGCAAAAAUGAACGUAAAGGGAAAAGGAAUCAAUGUUGCGACCAAGGUGCUGCUCGAUCACUCCGAUGUUAUUACGUUGAAGAAGGACAAACUCCAGGCAUUCUAUAUUUUCAUCGAAAAUGGGAGGGGUCUGCGUUACACUGAAGGUCACGGAACCGGCAAUCCCGUCCGUAGCGAUGACAAUCUUACGAUUUUUGAGGGAGUCGGUGUUGCAUCUCAGUUUGGUUCUAUUUUCCAGAGCAGGGUCUGGAAUGGCGCAUUGCACUACCGAAUCAAGAAAAACUAGAAAUUUUACAAAAAAUCUUGUAUGGAUCGGAGCUUAAUCCCACGUAUAAAUCUUGUAGUUCACGAAGUUCCUAUUAGUUUGAAGUUGAUUGUUGACCCAGUCGAUUGAUGAUCCUAGAGUUUUUAAGUCGCCUUUCCGUAUACUCCUCAACUUGCAAUUGAAUCAUUUCAUUGACAGGUUGUCUGGCCAUGAGAGUCAAGAAAUCGACGAGAAAAUCCCUUUUUGUGUAUAAUUCGUUGUCGAUAAAGCCAGCAGCAGUACCAGGAGCAACGUAAGUCACAUCGGUUGCUGGGACGCUACAAACAUCGUGGCGUCUAUUUUUCGCCAGGUGCUUUAUUCUCUUCUUUAUCAGCUUCACUUGUUGUUUGCUUUUGAGAUUCGCAAUUUUUUUAACAAGGUCGGUGACAUCCUCAACGUAGCGUUUGUGAAAAUUAAACGCAGGUGGAUCCGUUAGAGAAUGGAUUGAGGAAGAGCUUCUUCGCGACGGUCUGCUGUUUCGAUCCACUCGAUUUCGAAUUAUUUUAUUCCCAAUAUUAUCAGCAGAUACACCAUGACGACGCUGCCCUCGCCCGUCAUCCUCUUCAAUUAUUGUUAAUGCGUCGUUAUAUGUCUUGUCCAGGUACUGAUCGUAGGGUGAGUACAAAUGUUUUGACCACCAUAGUUCCAGAUGAUCAUGAAAGCUUCCCCCACAAAUCAUGCACUUGUCGGGACUAUAUCUACUACAAGGAUAUAGAAGCUUCAAUAUGGAGUUGCUCUCGUACCUCACAAAUAGAUAGCCUCCUUUGCCUUCGUAAAUGCGAUCCUUCAGCAAUCUGUGGCACCACUUGUAGAGAAUAGCGGAGGGCAAGUCCCAAACAAAAAAUCCACACGCUCGUCGGUUGCUAGUCACUAUGGCCCUACCAUCACAGGGCAAGGAUUGUUGUACCUGUGCAGUUUGAGAGGUCUCGUUCGGAGGUCUCGUUCGUCUCGACGUCGAUCCCGGUGUAUUGAUAGAAGAUGAGUAGGCUGAUGACAAGAUAGAAGAAAUUAUUAUGAAGCGC